UUAUUUUUUUUGUUUUAUCGACUUUUCUCCCCCCCUUUCUUUUAACCCGCCCCACCUCCGCCCGGCCGGGAUGUUCUCGUCCUCGUCCAGGAACUCCCUGUUGUCGUCCUGGGCGUCCAUGGAGCAGUCGGACUCGGAGGUGCUGGACUUCAGCACCAAGGUGCAGCUGCACGGCGUCCUGUGGAAACGGCCCUUCGGACGCCCGUCGGCCAAGUGGUCCCGCAGAUUCUUCAUCAUCAAAGACAGCUUCCUGCUCUACUAUGCGGAGAGCGAGAAGAAGAGCUUCGAGACCAACAGGUUCUUCAACAUCCACCCCAAGGGAGUCAUUCCUCUGGGAGGAUGCGUGGUGGCGGCCAGUGAGGACGCGGCAAUGCCCUUCGCCAUCGCGGUCAACCUUGAAGACUUCUCCGGAACCAUCGUCCUGGCGGCCGAGUCUGAGGAGGAGCAGGUCCAGUGGAUCGAGAUGCUCCAGGAAUCAGGGAAAGUAACGUGGAAGAACGCCCAGCUCGGGGAGGCCAUGAUCGAGAGCCUGGAGGCCCAGGGGCUGCAGCUGGCCAAGGAGAAGCAGGAGUACCUGGAUAAACUCAUGGAGGAGACGGAGGAGCUCAGCCAUCAGAGGGCCCAGCGAGAGGAGCUGGAGCGCCUGAACCAGGUUCUGGAAGAGGAGAAGAUGAAGUUCGAGGAGGUGGUGCUGGAGCUGAAGGCGGAGCAGGAGCAGAUCAGACUGGACCUGGACGGGACGACCCAGUCGCUGAAGAGCGUCGAGCGGGAGAAGAAGGAGCUGAGCUGCCUGACGGUGACGCUGCAGACGUCCAUCGAGGAGCUCUCGCAGGAGAAGAAGCGACGGCUGGAGCUGCUGGGGGUGAAAGAGGAGGACGAGGAGGAUGAAGCCGGUGCCGCGGAGCGGGGCUCGGACCCGACCUGCCGGGAGUCCCGGGACCGGCAGGAGCCCGGGGAUCCAGACCUGCUGCAGGACCUGCGGCACAUCGAGGAGCAGAUGAAGGUCCUGCUGAAGGAGAAGGAGCAGGCGGAGGAGAAGCUCUGGGAGAACGAGCAGCGGGCCAAAGUCCUGCAGCAGGAGCGGGAGUUCUACUCCACCCAGGCCCAGACGCUGCAGCAGUCGCUGUCCCAGCUCAGCGUGGACAAGCAGCAGACGGAGGCCGAGCUCAAGGUGGAGAUCGAGUCCCGGGUGGAGCUGGAGCAGCGGCUGAAGCAGGCCGAGGAGGCUCUGCAGAACCUGGAGGAAGGCCUGAACUGUGUGGAGCGAACCAAGGAGAGCGACGAGAAGAUGAAAGGCGACGUGACGCAGCUGAGGAAGUUCUUUGAAGACUGCAUCUGUGCUGCCGAGAUCGAGGCAAAGCUCCCGGCGAUAAUGAAGAACGCCGUGUACCUUCACAAGGCGGCUGCGCGCAGGAUCAAGAGCUGUCGGAUCCAGAGGAGGGCGUCCAAGCGCCACUGGUUAAAGCACUCCAAGUCGUUCGCGUCGCCGAGCGCCGACGGCGGCAGCAUGGAGGACCUGCGGGCGACGGCCCGGCGGCUGACCUCCGACAGCAGCUUCAGGGAGAGCGUGUACAAGAUCAUCACCCGCAAGGACGCCGCCAGAGAGACGCAGGACUGAGGAGAGGACGAGAGGUCAAGGAGGACAGACGAGGUCACCUCCGUCCACUGGGAUCCACCAGAGGUCGGAUCCCAAACCGGCCGCGGUGACGAAAAUCUGAAAUUAGUCAAGUUAGUGUGUGGUAGAAGUUCCCGCUGCUACAGGAGCAAAAGGGAGCUGGAGCGAGUCCUUGAUCGGGUCUCACCUGCAUCUGGAAAAGCCCGAAGUCUGCUGGAGCAGGAUGUAAAAAAAAGGUUUUGAGGUAAAGAAUGAUAGAAAAUGUUCUUAAAUUAAUCAGUUUUACCUUCAAAUAUUCUUAAAUUAAUCAGUUUUACCUUCAAAUAUUCUUAAAUUAAGCAGUUUUACCUUCAAAUGUUCUUAAAUUAACCAGUUUUACCUCAAAUGUUCUUAAAUUAACCAGUUUUACCUUCAAAUGUUCUUAAAUUAA